AUGGCGAACACAGGAAAGCACGUCGUCUUCGACGUCGUGGGCACUUGUGUGUCCUACGAGGCAUUCUUCGAGGGCAUCGAGGCGCGCAUGGGCGACCGCCUCCGUGCAGAGGGAAUCAAGCCGCGACUGUUCGGCUUUGCGUGGAUGGAAGCAGCAGAGCGUGAGUGCAGCUACUUGGACCGCUCUGGCCGUUACGUGCCCUUUUGGAACGUCUUCCAGCCUCUGUUCUACCGCAUUCUGUGGAUGGCCGGCAUCGAGGAGCCACGCAAGUUCGCCACCGACGAGGACGCAGCUUUCAUGGUCGGCGAGUACCGUAAACUCAAGGGGCGCCCUGGCGUCCAAGAGUGCUGGGCGCGCCUGCGAAAGGCAGGCUUCACCGUUUGGGCCGUUACAUCUGGCGAUGCCGUUCGUGUCCAGAGCUAUCUGGCCAGCAACGGCAUCGAGUUGCCCACGGAGAACUUUGUCACCUGCGACACUCUCGGUAUCGUAAAACCAGACCCAGGGGUAUACAAAUAUGUCCUUGACAAGUUUGAUGGGGCUGAGGAGAAAUGGUUUGCUGCGGCGCACAUGUGGGACACAGCGGCAGCAAAGCAUUGCGGGCAAGUUAAUUGA